AUGACACUAGUCGCCUACUCGGAUUCCGAAGAGGACGACGAGCCUGCAGCCAAGCGACCCAAGAAGGACAAGGACGCUGACCAUAAAGACGACGACCUCCCACCACUGCCAGCCGAGUUUUUGAAUUUAUAUUCGUCCAGCGUCCGCGUCAGCAACACCGACGAUCCGUCUCUGCACCACGGCCGCAAACGCGUCGUCAAGCAUGUCGAAGGGAAUUGGCCCACCCAUGUCUAUCUUGAGUGUAUGUUGAAGUUUUGCAAGGAUUUGAUACAACACAGCCGGACUUACACAGCCUCCGCAGGGCUGCCCUCACCUGCUGAACAUGACACACUGAACAAAUUGCUCAAGGCAUUGCCAGAAUCGUCAAAUGUGCACUCUCUGCUGCAAACACCACUGCAGGUACCCUUACCUCUGCACAUAUCCCUAAGUGCACCGCUGGUAUUGCGCACCGGGAAUAAAGACGCUUUUCUGGAUACCAUCACAGAAGCCGUAACUCCGGUCGUUCGGUCACUGCGACAUCCAAUUGCAGUAAGACCUGCUUCACUCUCAUGGCACGGUAAUGAUGAUAGCAGUCGAUACUUUCUGGUACUCCGCGUCCAAGACGCCGAGCAAACCCAAGAAACGAGUGCUCUGACCUUGCUAAACCAACUCCUUAAAGCCAGCAACAAGGUCGUCCAGGACUUUAACCAACCUCAACUCUACACCAAGCUCAAACGCCAAGCAGGAAGCAGCGACUUUUCGCCAUACUUCCACAUCAGCAUUGGUUGGUCUUUGCCAUCACCAGACCGAAACCUGGCAGAUGAUAACCUCAAAUUGCAACCAGCUGUUGAGCCAAUCCUUAAAGAGCUCUGCGAGAAUAUGGUUGUAUCCUUUGACGCUGUCAAAAUCCGCAUAGGCCAAACAGUCACGGCCCUGCCAAUCGGGGAGCAAGCAUCCGCACUCUAG